AUGGUGUUUUGGAAAAAGAGUGGUGAUUGCUGCUCGUGGGAGGAGGUCACAUGCGACUGGUCGAAUGGUCAUGUGAUUGGACUUGACCUCAAUUGCAGCCAGCUUCGUGGCACCAUCCAAGACAACAACACCCUCUUCCACCUUCGUCACCUUCAAAGCCUUAAUCUUGCUUUCAAUGACUUCAAUUUGUUAAGAAUUUCAUCUGAGUUUGGCUCGUUUGCAAGUUUGACCCAUCUCAACCUCACUUACUCUAAUUUUUCAGGCCAAAUUCCUUCAAGAAUCUCCCAUCUAUCCAAAUUGAUUUCCCUUGAUCUCUCUUAUUUAAAUGAAUAUUAUUGUUAUUAUUACUAUGAGGGGAGAAUUGAACAACACACUUUUAAUAUGCUCCUUCGAAAGCUAACCCAAUUAAGAGAACUACACCUUGAUUGGUUGAAUAUCUCUUCACCUUUACCUCAUGCUUUGCUAAAUCUAUCUUCUUUGACAUCUCUCAACCUUUUUUAUUGUCAACUGCGUAGUAAAUUCUCAGAAAGCAUUUUUCUCUUUCCAAUCCUACGAGAGCUCAAUGUACAGGGAAAUUCGAAACUCACAGUUGAGCUUUCAAAGCUAACUUCUAUCAUAUUGAAAAGUAACAUACUCAAUGGGACAAUUCUGUCUUGGUUGUUUGCUCAACCUUCAUUGGUUGAUAUAGAUUUGAGUGACAAUAAGUUGCAGGGACCAAUUCCAGGACCAGUUUAUGAACUCCAGAACCUAACAGUGUUGGUGCUUUCAUCAAAUAACUUAAGUGGUGUAGUGGAGUUAGAUAAGCUUCUAAAUCAAAAAUAUUUGUCCUAUCUUAAUCUCUCAUAUACUGUUCCAAAAUGGAUAUUCGAUGUGGGGAAAGAUUCAUUGUAUGAUUUAAAUCUUCCUCAUAAUUUCCUCACCAAUUUAGAGCGUCUUCCAUGGAAGAAUUUGAGAUCUAUUGACCUGCACUCCAACUUGCUCCAAGGAUCACUCCCCGUUCCACCUAACACCAUAUAUUUUUUCUCUAUCUCAGACAAUAAAUUGACCGGAGAAAUCCCUCCAUUGAUUUGCGGUCUUUCACUUGCAGUUCUUGAUGUGUCUAAUAACAGUUUGAGUGGAUUGAUUCCACAAUAUUUGGGAAACUUCAGCAAUUUUCUCUCGGUGCUGAAUUUAGGGAACAAUAGAUUUCGUGGUACCUUUACUACGACAUUUACAAAAGGCAACAUGCUAAGGAAUCUUAACUUAAAUGGCAACCAAAUUGAAGGACAAGUUCUUGUCUUGAGAUUUAAUAGCUUUCAUGGUCACAUAGGCACCUCCAAGACCAAGGCCAAACAUCCUUUCCCUAAGUUGAGAAUUAUCGACAUAUCUUGCAAUGAUUUCACUAGCCUUUUGCCAACAAAUUAUAUCAAACAAUUUGGAACAAUGAUGAAUGUUGAUGCACAUGAAAUGAAAUUGCAAUACAUUGGUGACUACUAUUAUCAAGAUUUUGUGGUGAUUCUGAAAUCCAUUGGGAGGCUUAAUUCACUUCUGGGUCUUAACUUAUUCCAUAACAACCUUGAAGGCCGCAUUCCAACUUCAGUUGGAAAUUUGAAAAACCUUGAAUCAUUGGAUCUAUCCUCAAAAAAGUUUGUUGGGGAGAUUCCUCAGCAAUUGAAAAGUUUGAUGUUUCUUGAGGUACUAAACCUUUCGGACAACCAAGUAGCAGGACCAAUUCCUCAAGGGAGCCAGUUUAAUACAUUUGGAAAUGAUUCAUACAGUGGGAACUUGGCCUUAUGUGGAUUCCCUUUAUCAAAGAAAUGUAAGGAACUACAACCACUGCCACCUCCACCAACACUACAACAAGAUGAGAAUUCAGACAACUCAAGCGGAUUUAACUAG